AUGGCAAAAACCCACACAAGAAGUCCCCCAUCAGAUGCUCAACCUAGUAGGGGUCCAAGCCACCUACGUCAUCUAACUGCCAAGAGCGACAUCUACAGCUUUGGAGUUGUGCUUUUAGAAAUUUUGUCUGGUAAGAAAGCAAUAGACAAGAAUAGGCCGACUGGACAACACAACCUAGUGGAGUGGGCAAAGCCUUAUCUGACAAACAAACGCAGAAUACUCCAUCCUUGGAGCAACUUGANAAUGGACGCCCGUCUCGAAGGCCAGUAUUCGCUUAGUCGGGCUCUCAAGGCAGCUAUCCUUGCACUUCAAUGCCUCUGUAUGGAACCCAAGUUGAGGCCAACCAUGGAUGACGUGGUCACAGCCUUGGAGCAACUUGAGGACUCAAAAGACACAUUGAAAAAUGAUCAGAAAGACCCACAGCUAAAUCGUCAAAGCCAUUCCAAUGUUGGUCCUAGAUCCUGCAGAACCAGUUCAGAGGAAGCUCGUGGAGUAACUGCUUAUCCCAGACCUUCAUCUUCUCCUCUUUAUGGUUAG